UAAUAAUCAAGAUCGAGCUAGCUAGCCAGAAAGAAAAUGCCUAAGAAGCUUCAAAAAUCUCUUCAGGAGUACCUCGCCAAGCUCAAAAAACCCACCCCAAGCAUCCAAUUCCCCUCUAAUUCCUUCUCAUCCUCCAAGAAUUGGAUCCUCUCUGUGUGCAAGCACCCCAAGACUCUUUCCUUCGCCAUGGACCGGAACCAAGAGAAGGCCGGGAAAAACAACGUCGACGACAACACCGGCGGCGAGGCGACGUUAUCCGACAUCGACCGCUUUCUCUUUGAGAAUUUCAAGUCACUGUAUAUAGAGGGUGAUGAUGAAGAUCAUAAUUACAAUGAAAAGAAGAAGGGCAAAGAAAGUGAUGAAGGCGAAAACCCUAGUGGUGCAGUUUUGUUUGGAUCGCCUCGGUCCAUGGACCUGCCGGCGGAUCUUUGCGGGUCACACCGGUUCUUUGUCGCCCCCAGCAUGUCGAGCUCGAUUAUCGAGGAAUCCCGGACGAGCGGUACCAGCAUGUCUGAGGAUGCUGGGACGUCAAGCUCAACCUCAACUACAACGACCCUAAAUGAUUCCACAACAACAACUAAUGAAGACCACCAUGCAAAGGAUGAUCAUCAUCGUGAUGUCACGCUUCCCGAAGACUGCGUCGCUGUUCUAGCGUAUUCUCCUAGCCCGUACGAGGAUUUCCGGCGGUCCAUGCAAGAGAUGGUUGAAGCCCGCGGUAUGCGGAAUCAUGGAAAGGUUGAAUGGAGUUUCAUGGAGGAGCUUUUGUUUUCUUACCUAAACCUCAAUGAGAAGAAGUCAUACAGGUACAUAAUAAGUGCUUUCGUUGAUUUGAUCGUGGUUUUGAGUCAGGAUUCCGAAAGAGAUCGAUCAGAGCCAGAUCGAGGAGGCCAUGAAAAGAAGAGAGACGUAGGAAUUUUGUGAUAUAUAGAUUCAAUAAAUUAAAGAACACGAAGAGUACUGAGUACAGCUGGUAUAAGAAAAAUGUAGGUUUUUAGACUUUUUUUUGGUUCUAUAUAUACUACUCCUUAGCCCUCACAUGCAAGCAAUUAUAUAUAUAUAUAUAUAUAUAUAUAUGCAUUAA